AUGUCGAUCCUCAUACUUACUCGUCAAGCUUGCUUUUCCAUACCGGAAUAUACCCUGAAGUUCUCUUCUUCUGCGGUUGCGGACACGGCUGCGUUCAAGUUGCUUGAGCUGCCACCCGACCAGAGAAAGCUGGUCGAGUCGAAUCCCGAUGAAUCGUCGAACUGGUCAAUCAAGGGAAACCCUGACGAAGAUGCUGUGCUCUGCACCGCAGACAAGACGUACACCAUUCGCUCGAUAGCUCUCUCAAAUUCCGACAUUAUGGCAACAGCAGGGGACAGGGAAGACACCUCUACCGACGAGGCUUCUUAUUCUACCUCUGUAGAGGUGCGAGAUCAACUAAACGAAAUCCUUGAGCUGGUGCCGUCGGUCCCGAGGCUUCACAAGCUGGACGUUCUGUUACGAGGGAAAGGGUACGACGAAGGGCAGGAGGGGGAUGAUGAUAUGUAUAUGGACGAAUCUGAGAAGUUCACGUAUGAAGAGGCAAUGGCGACGCUACAAGCGAGCGACAUAGAGCUAGACCAGGGCCUCAAGAAGAGACGUGUUCUCAUUCUCAACGACGUCUGUAAACAGGUGAUGGCCUGGUUCGGUGACAUGAUCGACGGCGAGUGGUGCAUGGACAAAACUGCCGUUGUGCGAGAGAUCGGUCUCGGCUUGCUGAGGCCUUACAGGGAAGAGUCAGUACCAAUCGACGACUUCCUCACAAAAUGGCGUAAAAGCGUUGGCGACACCUUCGAGUCUGAGAUGUCCGUCGACCUCCUCUCCGGCAAAUACCUCACACAAACAGACGUACUCAAAGAGCCGCCUAUCGUGGUCCUCACAUACUUCCCGUCCUUCCAACUCCCCAUCGACCCCGCGGCGCGCUUCACGGACCUCUUCCUCACACGGCCGCGCUGGAAGGCUGACGAGAUCUCCCCGUUCCUCGCGGACAUCGUUGUGGACGCUAAGGAGCGGGACAAGUUCCUGCUGAAGUAUGCGCGGGCGAUCACGGAUGCGGAGGGGAUAUGGUACACUGCACGGGCUAAGUACAACGGGUAA